AUGUUGUAUAAACAAAAGAAGGCUCUGUUUGCCAAUGCAACUGGGAGAGUGUUGGACGUAGGUUCGGGUGUCGGUCCGACAUUUAAAUACUUGGUCGAUGAAGCAUCACAAGAAGAUAACAACAAUAAUAGUGCCAACAGAGUUACAUCUGUGGUUUCAAUCGAACCAAAUCCAUUUAUGCAAGAGGAAUUGAAGCGUGCUGCUGCCGCUGUCAAAGACAAGUACGAUGUCACCAUCAUUCAGAAGACCAUCGGACAAGCUAUCAAAGACGGUGACAUUGAGAAUGGUACAUUCGACACUGUCAUUUGUAAUUUAGUGCUCUGUUCGAUUCCCGAACCCGAAAAGAUUUUGAAUGAGAUACAGCAACUAUUGAAACCCGGUGGAAAGUUCCUCUUUAUCGAGCAUGUCGUAUCGAAAACUGGAUGGUCUGCAUUCCAAUCGGCAAUCAAUCCACUCUGGAACUAUAUUGGUGAUGGAUGUUCACUCAUUAGACAUACCGAUGAAACGGUAGCCAACAUGUCUGGUUGGUCAAGUGCCAACAUCACUGAAAUACCAAGAAAGAAAUACAUUGAACUUCGUCAUGUCAAUGGUAUUUGUAUCAAAGAAUAG